GCGCGGCGCCGCCCCCCGCGUUCGGCGGGAAGCGGCGGGCGGCGAGGCCCGGCCGGCGCCAUGAACGGCACGGUGAUCCCCGGCACGCCCAUCGCCGUGGACUUCUGGAGCGUGCGGCGGGCGGGCGGCGCCCGGCUGUUCUUCCUGUCGCACAUGCACGCGGACCACACGGUGGGGCUCUCCAGCACCUGGAGCCGGCCGCUGUACUGCUCGCCGCUCACCGCCCGCCUGCUGCACCACCGCCUGCAGGUGCCGACGUGCUGGAUCCGGCCGCUGGAGGUGGGGCAGAGCCACGCGCUGGGCGAGGAGGUGACGGUGACGCUGCUGGACUCCAACCACUGCCCCGGCUCCGUCAUGUUCCUCUUCGAGGGCGCCUUCGGCACGAUCCUCUACACAGGUACGGGGCGGGCCCCCGCGGCCUCGCCGCGCCCGCCGCGCCCUCACACCCCGCUCCCGCAGGGGACUUCCGCUACGCCGGCGCCAUGCAGCACGAGCCGGCGCUGAGGGGCCGCCGCAUCGACCGCCUCUACCUGGACAACACGCACUGCCGCCUGCGCCAGCCCCUGCCCUCGCGGCGCUGUGCCAUGCGCCAGGCCGCCCGCCUCAUCCGCGCGCACCCGUCCCACCACGUCGUCGUCGGUGUGUACAGCUUGGGGAAGGAGGCGCUGCUGGUGGACCUGGCGGUGGAGUUUGGCACCUGGGUGGUGGUGAGCCCCUCGCGCCUGGAGCAGAUGCGGCUGCUGGAGCUGCCCAACGUGUUCACCGCUGAGGAGGGGGCCGGCUGGAUCCGUGCGGUGGACGUCGCUGAGAUCCGCUGGGAUACCCUCGUCAGCUGGAACACACUGCAUCCUACUAUUGCUAUCGUCCCCACUGGCAGGCCCGUGAAGGUCACCCACCCCAACAUCUACCCCAUCCCAUACUCAGAUCACUCAUCCUUUUCAGAGUUGUGCGAGUUCGUGAAGUGGUUGAGACCCUGCUCAAUCAUUCCAAUUAUAAGGGACAACAUGUGCCAGGUUUACUUUCAGAAAUACCUAAGUUCUGACCACCAGGCACUUCCUGACCUCAGAAUCCCAAAGCCUGUGCAAGAGUCUUUGCAGCAGCAAAGCAAAACAAAGACACAGAGGACUGUGUGCCAGCAAGCUCUUUUCAAGAGACACUCUGUGUCCCAAGGAGUUGUCUAUGAGUCCCCAGAAAAAUAUACUGAGGAGUCUGAUGGGCCUAGGGGCAUUAAGGUUCCUCAGCAGAACUUCUGUGAGUCAGCUUUCUGCUCCAAAGAAGGUUGUACUGGUUGUCAUGCGUCCAAGGAAAAAGGGAAGGAAGAACUGAGUGGAGAACAGUCAGGAGUAGCAAUAGCAGCUGGCGCUGUUAGACAGUCGCCUGUUUCUGAUGAGCAUGUUCCAAGUGGGUUUGCAGAGUCAUACUUACUCAUUCCUUUAAAUAUCUUAAAGCAGAAUUCCUCACAGAAAUUUGACAAGGUGGUAGAAGAUUUCAUUAGGAGGGGAGAAGCAUCCUGAAAAUUGCAUGGUGCCUGCCAGGGCAAAUGCAGCUGAUAGCGGUGAUUCUAACUUAAUACUGCAUCCCAUUCUUUGAGUUCAAGUUUCCCAUCAGGAGAGAGGAGCUCAGCUAUGGCGCUUUACUGUCUUUGCCUCUUAUUAGAGGAGAAAGAAAACUAGAAGUAGUUUGUAGAUGUUUUAUUUUUUGUUUAUUUAUUUUUAUGUCUUUGUUUACAUCUGUUGGGUACCCAUGCUAUAUACGGGCAGCACGGUCCCACUGCAUCUGUGCCUUUUACCAGCUUUUUGCGGUGGUUUACCUGUCGUGGCAAAAUAUUUUGCCAGGUUGAUACAAGUUGAGCAGCAGAGGGCGUGAGCUGCCUGCACUUUAAGUAAUGUAAUGGGUUUGUGUGUGAUGAGAGAAGCAAGAAGGGGGGCAAUCUAACAGCCCUGGAGAUUCCUCUUUCUACAUACCUGUAAUGCCUCAUUGACAAUGAGCAGUUCACUUCAAGGUGCAUUACAAAUAUUAUUUGUUAGGGUACGUUUAAAAAUUGGUGCUUAAAGAAAUGUAGAAAAUUAAGUUAAAAAUUGGUGCUUAAAGAAAUGUAGAAAAUUAAGUGCCUUAAAGUCUGUUAAUCGCUGUAAUAGCUCCAGACAGCACUGCUUUUGCAUCCUGCCAACUGCAGCUGGAUGCGGUUCUGCUCUCCUGAAAGCACCACUUUCAUAUUAACUGUAAAUAGCUUUUUCAGGUCACUGGCUGGCAAAAAUAGGACUUGUGUGAAUUCCUGUGCUCUGGACAUUCUGGAAUGGAUUGCUGUAUCCUCUACAGCCUCUGCACUUGAGCCUGCAAGCCUGAAUUCUUCCUCUUGACAGCAUAGCGCUUCUGGUAACUGUUAGCAUUCUGUUAGACCCGUUGCUUUCCCCAUCCAGCUCUUGUUCUUAGCAGGCAAUGCGAUGGAAGAUAAUGAAACAUCUGCUUACUGGUGUAAAACGUUAAGUCCUAGCAGUAUUGUUUGGAAGGAAUACUGUGGCUGAACAGCAAAAUUGGCUCUGUUAGCUUAGAGGUCAGGCACUUCACCACUCCAGGUCAACUGCAGGGAGCCACAGCCUGGCUGGUGCAGUCAGGAAGCGUCCCUAAUGUGACUAGGCAGUGGGUACCCUCUGUGUAGUCUGAAGACACUGUGGUUAUCCUUGCAGAACUGCACUGGCAACAGAUUACAAACUGGCUCGCUGUGGGGUAGUGACAGCAACAGUGAAGUGGAAAUGGUCACUAGGUACUUUUCUGGGAGUAACAAACUGAUUUGUUAUUCAGCUUUUCCUAACCGUCUCAUUAUUUUCAACACAAUGUUUGAAAUGCUUUCAUCAGGAUCAGAGCCUCUUCUGAAUGUAGUGUCCUGUGAGGUCUUCCCAAGGCCAGUCAGCUAGAUGGGUUGGAUUUCCUGAAUCAAAUCAGAUUU